GCUGUUUGCGGGAUGCCCGGAGCGGGCGUAUUUUGGAAACAAUACCGCGCGGUGCGGAGUGGCCUCCUCCCGCGCCCACCCGCCCGCCGCGGCUGCCGCCCCUGCCCGCGCCCCCCGCGCCACGCAGCAGCCCGGAGGGCGCCGGGCCCGGGAGCCGCGCGGAGCUGGAUCGCGCCUCUGCGGCGAAGCGGGGAGAGGAGUCGCGCUCAGGGCUUUCCUCUCCUUCCCGAUCGCGUCUGGGCGCCAAGCCCCCGAGAGCUCGUCACGCUGGACCCUGGCGCGGAGCCCUGGCACCACGACUCGGAGGCCGACACUCUCCCCUGGAGUCACCCAGGGGAGAUGGAUCCACCGCAGUGUGUGGAGGAGCUGGAGGAUGAUGUGUUUCAGCCAGAGGAUGAGCUGGGGACCCAGCCUGGGAGCUUGCCCUCCGCUGACCUGUUUGCCCAGAGCCAGCUGGAUUGCCCCCUCAGCCGCCUGCAGCUCUUCCCUCUCACCCACUGCUGUGGCCCUGGGCUUCGACCCAUCAGCCAGGAAGACAAGGCCACCCAGACCCUCAGUCCAGCCUCCCCGAGCCAGGGUGUCAUGCUGCCUUGUGGGGUGACCGAGGAACCCCAGCGACUCUUUUAUGGCAAUGCUGGCUACCGGCUCCCUCUCCCCGCCAGUUUCCCUGCAGGCUUGCCCCUUGGUGAGCAGCCCCCUGAGGGACAGUGGCAACACCACCGAGCCGAGAUCCAGAUCGCCAGGAAGCUUCAGAGUAUUGCAGACCAGUUUCAUCGGCUUCAAAUGCAGCAACACCAGCAGAACCGAAAUCGCAUGUGGUGGCAGUUCCUCCUCUUCCUCCAUAACCUCGCCCUGAACGGAGACGAGAACAGGCACGGGGCAGGUCCCAGGUGAGGCUGGACUGCCCUCUUCGAAGGGGGCGCCACCGGAAGGACUUCGGCGAGGACUGGCACUGUGUCUUGUGAAGUCGUUUUUGUUGUUGUUCUUACCUGAAAAUGUUAUCGCUGUGUGUAAAUAAGACAUACCCAAGCAGGACCUGCUUCCCUGCUCAGGACCGCGACCAGGAAUGGGGGCCCUUGUCAAACACUGUUGAAGUGAAGGCGGAUGAGUCUCUGAUGGCGGGUCCCCCCGAGGGCUCUGACCAGCAGGUUCUUCAGCCGUGGCUGUUGAAGAAGGUGACCAGGGAGUGAUGUUCUCUGGCCAGAGGACUGUCAUCCGGCCACGGGAACUCAGUUAAACCACAGGACGCUGGAUCACACUCCGGCUCCCACCAAUCCUGUCAGCCUUCCGCCAUGGAUGGAGCCGAGAUCCGGACAGUCACACCGCCUCAUCGCCACCAGGGCCUUGGUGAGGGGCUUUCCAGCUGGGCACGGCCACCUCGCUAGGCCGCUCAGCCUAUGUCUGGGCUCUCAUGUGGCCCAGCCAGUGCCCACUCCAAGGGCUCAGGGAUUCUUGCCCAGCCCCUGUCAUCUCCAGCAGACCUCAGGGAGGGUUGGGUUUCUCCAAGGACCCCUCACACAUGCCUCAAAAUGAACCAAACUUCCGUGUAGGCCUCAAACCUGACUCGGUCCCACUGGGAGGCCCCAGGAUUGAUCCUGAGGUACAGAACCACUGCCACCUCUGGCUUCCUAGAACUGGCUGCGUGUCAGCCAUGGAUGAGCCAAAUAGCCAAUCACCGUGCUGCCACCAGCAGCUUGUGCCUUUGUGGGCUCUUCUUUCCAAAGACCCAGCAACAGACUGCACUCGGCCCCCAGAUCAGCACUGUAGGGCGUGAAGGGGCAGCAUUGCAGAGGGACGGGAACUGUGGCCGUCCCACCUGUCAGAGUCAGCCCGAGAGGAACCCAGACCACUUGGUUUCCUUGGGAACAACAUACCUCCUCCUCCUUAUUCCCAUUCCUUUUUCACACCUGGUAUGAAAGGUAGAAGGAAGAAGCCAGCACGGUGACUUUGCCGGCUGACGUGUGUCUUUUCGAGCAGUGGACAAUGGUUAGCGUGCGGAACCGUCAAAGCUGGCUCCACUGUCUCCCGCCUUCCUUCCGCUCCCAGCGAGGCCAGCAGGGCGGGCUCUGGGACGCAGCGGGAUCGCAGCUGCCUCCGAACUUCCCUCCUCUCCCUGCGCGGCGCUAAUGGAGAGAAUUAAAAGCAGCCAGCCUGCCGCCUCUGACAAGACAGAGAAUUUGGCCAACAGAACCUGUUAACAGAUACCUAGACAUGAAAUGGUCGUGCGUGCAUAUGGAGGGAAAGAUAACAUUGGUGCUAAACAGGGAAGCAAGGCCCAAAGAAAAGACUGCUUUCCUGGGCAGAGAAGACCCCGGGGCGACGCCGGGAAAUUGGAGAGUCCAGAGGAGGCUCUCACACCUGAAUGAGCCAGGCUCCUCCAGUUCUGCGGAGAGGAGGUCUCAGGACUGCUGAAGGAAGCCGUGAUCACCUGUGUGGACAGUGGGGCAGGUUGUUCACCUGCAGAGGAAGGGAACAGAGACUGAAGUCGAGCUCGCGCUCUGCUCGCCACGUUGUGUGCCCCGGUGCGGGGCUGUGUCUUCCAGAAGAACCUGGUGCCUUUGCGUGAAGGUGCCUAUGGGCUCAUAGUGACCCUGAGGAGAAGGACCUCAAACUGUGCAAAUGCCUUCGUUUUGUUCUACUUAGAUGUUCUGGAGGUAUUACCUUUCCUUGGCCAGAAUUCUAUUCUCAGGGUGUGUACCAUGGUUUGUCUGCUAAGAAGGCGGGUUCUCACUGACAAGGAGGAACCCAGGGAACAGGCGUGAGGCCUGGCUCUGGAACACGAUGGCCGUCGUGAUGAGUACCGUUCCCGAUGUGUGAGGGCCUGGUGCUUCCCCCUCUCCCGGGCCACGGCCCUGGCCGGCAGUGGCUGGUAUGGGUGCUGGAGUGGAACACACGAGAAAACCACGAAUAUUUCUACCAGCCAUUUUUUAACUCUUGGCAGACUUUUCACCUGAGCUGAGUGAGAGAGCAAAGAAAUGGUCUGAACUUUGGUGCUGAGGCAAAGCCAUCCACUUCAGGGACCCUGCCCCGCCCAGGAGGGCCCGUGCUGAGAACUGAGCCCAGCGUUUGGCAAGCCCAUCUGAACAUGGGCCAGGGGGAAGAUGGUCCGGCCGCACUAUCUCCACCCGUGAAGCCAGAGCAAGCCAGGGCAACAUUCAAGACCUCCUUCCUUUCCCACCCCCCAGAAAACCCAGGGGGUAACUCCCAGAAUAGCCCUAGGAGAGAGGUUCCUCCUGGCUGGCUGUUUUCAAUUGGCCUAGUGAUCGAGGUCCCGCCCCUUCCCCCUCUGCCUGGUGAGUUGGUCUGAACAUUCCUCAAGUCCAGCCUCCGGAGACAUGUUCCUCCCCCUGGGCCUCUCUCCCACCCCCGCCCUCCACCCCCACCCCCAGAGGCUGGGCUGUCUCCCGUGAGGGGGUGGAGAAUCCCAUUGAGAGGGAGGGGGAGUCUGACCUGGGUCCUGACCUGUAACCAGCUGAAGACUUGUGGAGCUUUGGUGGUUUGCUGAUGGAUGGGGGUGGGAGCGGGACUGGAAACCGCCCUCCCCGUUGCGGAGAUGCCCUGGAGGAGAGGAAGCCUGCUAGUCAGGGUCUAAAUAGCCCUUCCAAUUCAGAACCCCAGAGUAGGGGUUUCUGGAAGCCUACAGACAGAAGUGGGGAGACAAUCCCCCCAGGCCAGACCUCUGACUUGCCCGAAGUCUGGGCUGCUGAAGAGCUGGCCGCCUCCUGCUCCAUCUGAGGCAGGAGGAAAAGAUCACCUCCCAGUGACCUCCCUGCCCCCAGGGGAGGCGGCCUGUUUUCGGAGCUGGUGUGGUGGGGUUCGAGUGCUCAGAGGGGCCCGGCCGACUUGUCUCACUGUCUCCUGCAGCCAGGCCCUGUCCCAGGGUGGCUCCUGCCUGGGGUGGCCCAUUCAGGUCCUCCAUCUGCCUGACGUCAUCUGGGAAGGAGACUGGGGGCCACUUGACUGUCCUCGUCAGCAAGGAGCACACUGUCUGUGAAAGCUUGCCUGUGGCGGGGACUCGCUGAAGAGGGAGUGGGGGGAGUGGAGAGCAGCAGAAGCCGGCAGACUUAAACUGCCACUGCCCUCGGGGCUCCGGGGAAUUGGUGCUACAGCCCAGGCUGGAGGAGGCCGAGGGCCCCUCUGGUGUAGGCGGGGACCCUUGGUGGCAGGCCAGCCUGCCCAGACUUGCCCGAGGAAGGGGUUCACCUAUCAGCCUGCGAUGCCUCCCGGGAACACUGGGCAGUGGGCAGGCAUGCCAGGGCUGGUGAGGACUUCGAGCCUCGAGGGAGUGAAUGGCAGAGAAAGCCCAGCCCUUCCAGAGAUGCACCAGCCUCGACGCUGACGGGGCUCAGAGCCUGUGCAGGUCCCAGGCCCACACGGCUCCUCCCUGCGCAGUGGGCCAGGGCCUCUCCCUGCUGGGGGGGCAUUGCCGGGCCCACAGGGCUGCCGGGGGAGACCCGCUGAGAAUGUAGCAUUUUGUUCACCCCAGAUUAGCUGCCCUGGGUUCUAGGCACUCUGCCUCUGGGAGAGAGACAGGGAAAGAGGGAGGGGACUGGGGACCUGUUGUUUUUUAACCUGUACAGAGUAUUUGACUUUCUGUUCUUCGAGCGUGUGUGUGUGUGUGUGUGUGUGUGUGUGUGUGUGUGUGUGUGUGUCUUCCCUCCAUCAAUUGGUACAGUUUUUAAUAAAAACCAUUUAAAGCAAAA